UGCCUGGCAGGCAAAGAAUAAUGUGCCCAAAUUGGUCCAUCUCCCAAGGGGUCCAAUUUUUCUUCCUGGGUGUCAGCGAGCCCUGACUCACGACAGUGCAGCUGACAGGGGCUGUCAUGCUAGAGGUACCCUAAGCCAAAGCAAAGGACCUAAGGAAGACCUGUGAACAACACAAAGGAUGGGUAUGUUUUUGUCAUUUUCUUCUUUUUAAAAAAAAUGUGGAAAAAUAUGUAUGUAGAUACGUUUCUCUAGAGCGUACAUAAAUUCUGGCUUAAUUGUCAUAGAGAAUGUCUUGCCUUGUAUGGCUGUAGAGUCGAUUGCCUGCCAGAGAAAUGCCUUGCUUAACUCUUUUAAACCGUCUCCAAAAGCCUGUUUUCUUUAAAAGGCAGAGAGGAUAUUAGCUGUUAAAUUGGGCGAUCCUGAUUUGGAAUUUAAAAAAAGAAAAAAAAAUCCUUGAAUGUUUUUGUUUUUGUUUUUUGUUUUUUGUUUUUGUUUUUUUUUCCUUUGCUUGAUUGAAAAAAAAAUACAUGACUUCUUUUUUUGGGGGGAUAACUUUUCUAAGUUGUUUUUAUUUCCAGGUUUCAAUGUAAUUAGGCUACUGAGCGGAUCAGCUGUAGCCCUGGUAAUAGCCCCCACUGUGUUACUGACAAUGCUCUCUUCUGCUGAACGAGGAUGCCCUAAGGGCUGUAGGUGUGAAGGCAAAAUGGUAUAUUGUGAAUCUCAGAAAUUACAGGAGAUACCCUCAAGUAUAUCUGCUGGCUGUUUAGGUCUCUCCCUUCGCUAUAACAGCCUUCAGAAACUUAAAUAUAACCAGUUCAAAGGGCUCAACCAGCUCACCUGGCUGUACCUAGACCACAACCAUAUCAGCAAUAUAGACGAGAAUGCUUUUAAUGGCAUACGCAGACUGAAAGAGUUGAUUCUGAGUUCCAAUCGCAUCUCCUAUUUUCUUAACAAUACCUUCAGACCUGUGACCAAUUUACGGAACUUGGACCUGUCCUAUAACCAGCUGCAGUCUCUGGGAUCGGAGCAAUUCCGGGGCUUGCGGAAGCUGCUGAGUUUACAUUUGCGGUCCAACUCCCUCCGAACCAUCCCGGUGAGGAUAUUCCAAGACUGUCGCAACCUCGAACUCUUGGACCUGGGCUACAACAGGAUCCGGAGCCUGGCCAGGAAUGUGUUUGCGGGCAUGAUCCGCCUCAAGGAACUUCACCUUGAGCAUAACCAGUUUUCCAAGCUCAACCUGGCCCUGUUCCCUAGGCUGGUCAGUCUGCAGAACCUCUACUUACAAUGGAAUAAAAUCAGUGUCAUAGGGCAGACCAUGUCCUGGACGUGGAGCUCCUUGCAGAGGCUCGAUCUGUCGGGUAAUGAAAUCGAAGCCUUCAGUGGCCCCAGCGUUUUCCAGUGUGUCCCCAAUUUGCAGCGCCUCAACCUGGAUUCCAAUAAGCUGACAUUUAUCGGCCAAGAGAUUUUAGAUUCUUGGAUCUCCCUCAAUGACAUUAGCCUGGCCGGGAAUAUCUGGGAAUGCAGCAGGAAUAUCUGCUCCCUGGUCAACUGGCUGAAAAGUUUCAAAGGGCUGAGGGAAAACACCAUCAUCUGCGCCAGCCCCAAAGAGCUACAAGGGGUGAACGUGAUCGACGCCGUGAAGAAUUACAGCAUCUGUGGCAAAAGUACCACCGAGAGGUUCGAGCUGGCCCGGGCUCUGCCCAAACCCACCUUCAAACCCAAGCUGCCCAGGCCCAAGCACGAGAGCAAGCCCCCGGUCCCCCCGACGGUGGGGGCCACCGAGCCAGGCCCCGAGACCGACCCAGAGGACACGGAACACAUCUCUUUCCACAAGAUCAUCGCCGGCAGCGUGGCCCUCUUCCUGUCCGUGCUAGUUAUCCUGCUGGUGAUCUAUGUGUCCUGGAAGCGGUACCCGGCCAGCAUGAAGCAGCUCCAGCAGCGCUCGCUCAUGCGGAGGCACCGCAAAAAGAAAAGGCAGUCCCUCAAACAGAUGACCCCCAGCACCCAGGAAUUCUAUGUUGAUUACAAGCCCACCAACACAGAGACCAGCGAGAUGCUGCUCAAUGGGACGGGACCCUGCACCUAUAGCAAGUCGGGCUCCAGGGAGUGUGAGAUUCCUUUAUCAAUGAAUGUGUCAACUUUUCUCGCAUAUGACCAGCCCACAAUCAGUUACUGUGGGGUGCAUCACGAACUUCUCUCUCAUAAGCCCUUUGAAACGAAUGCACAGGAAGAAACGAUGGAAACCCACCUAGACACUGACCUGGAUCUGAGCACAAUCACCACAGCUGCCCGAAUCAGUGAACACACUCAACAGCUGGCUUAAUUAAGCUCUUUGCGAGCAGAGGGACAACACCAAACUCUAUGUUACCCGAAGGACAGAAAAGGAGGAAGAUUUGGUUGUUGAUUAUGGAUUCCAAAAACCCCUUGUCCAAUAAGCAAAACAGAAACAAAAACGAGAACCAAGAGCGAGAUUGAAAUAAAUAAGACAUGAAUUGUUUCAAGUUGACACUUUGUAAUUAGCUAAGUUGUGCAGUAUUUUUUUGACUUAAACAGAGUAUGACCCUUGGGGGGGAAAAAGAAUCUUUUUUU